CUGAUGGACUCCACUACAGCGACGGCUGAGCUGGGCUGGAUGGUGCAUCCCCCAUCAGGGGUGAGUCAAGUGAGUGGCUACGAUGAAAACAUGAACACCAUCCGCACGUACCAGGUGUGCAAUGUCUUUGAGUCAAGCCAGAACAACUGGCUACGGACCAAGUUCAUCCGGCGCCGAGGUGCACAUCGCAUCCAUGUGGAAAUGAAAUUCUCGGUGCGUGACUGCAGCAGCAUCCCCAGCGUGCCCGGCUCCUGCAAGGAGACCUUCAACCUCUACUACUAUGAGGCUGACUUUGACUCGGCCACCAAGACUUUCCCCAACUGGAUGGAGAAUCCGUGGGUGAAGGUGGACACCAUCGCGGCCGAUGAGAGCUUCUCCCAGGUGGACCUGGGUGGCCGGGUGAUGAAGAUCAACACUGAGGUGCGGAGUUUUGGACCUGUGUCCCGAAACGGCUUUUACCUGGCCUUCCAGGACUAUGGUGGCUGCAUGUCCCUCAUUGCUGUGCGUGUCUUCUACCGCAAGUGUCCCCGUGUCAUCCAGAAUGGUGCCAUCUUCCAGGAGACGCUGUCGGGGGCUGAGAGCACAUCGCGGGCUGCCCGGGGCAGUUGCAUUGCCAAUGCUGAAGAAGUAGACGUGCCCAUCAAACUUUAUUGUAACGGGGGCGAGUGGCUGGUGCCCAUCGGGCGCUGCAUGUGCAAAGCAGGCUUUGAGGCCGUGGAGAAUGGCACCGUCUGCAGAGGUUGUCCAUCAGGAACCUUCAAGGCCAAUCAAGGAGACGAGGCCUGUACCCACUGUCCCAUCAACAGCCGGACUACUUCUGAAGGGGCCAUCAACUGUGUCUGCCGCAACGGCUAUUACAGGGCUGACCUGGAUCCCCUGGACAUGCCUUGCACAACUAUCCCCUCUGCACCACAGGCUGUGAUCUCCAGCGUCAACGAAACCUCCCUCAUGCUAGAGUGGACCCCACCCCGAGACUCGGGUGGCCGAGAAGAUCUGGUCUACAACAUCAUCUGUAAGAGCUGUGGCUCAGGCCGGGGUGCCUGUACCCGCUGUGGUGACAACGUGCAGUACGCACCCCGCCAGCUGGGCCUGACCGAACCGCGCAUUUACAUCAGUGAUUUACUGGCGCACACCCAGUACACCUUCGAGAUCCAAGCUGUGAACGGAGUCACCGACCAGAGCCCCUUCUCACCACAGUUUGCCUCUGUGAACAUCACCACCAACCAAGCAGCGCCAUCGGCCGUGUCCAUCAUGCAUCAGGUGAGCCGCACGGUGGACAGCAUCACCCUGUCGUGGUCGCAGCCGGACCAGCCCAACGGUGUGAUCCUGGACUACGAGCUGCAGUACUAUGAGAAGGAGUUAAGUGAGUUCAACGCCACAGCCAUUAAAAGCCCCACCAACACGGCCACUGUGCAGGGCCUCAAAGCCGGCGCCAUCUAUGUCUUCCAGGUGCGGGCACGCACCGUGGCCGGCUACGGGCGCUACAGCGGCAAGAUGUACUUCCAGACCAUGACGGAAGCCGAGUACCAGACGAGCAUCCAGGAGAAGCUGCCUCUCAUCAUUGGCUCCUCAGCUGCCGGCCUGGUCUUCCUCAUUGCUGUGGUCGUCAUCGUCAUUGUGUGUAACAGACGGGGGUUUGAGCGUGCUGACUCGGAGUACACAGACAAGCUGCAGCACUACACCAGUGGCCACAUGACCCCUGGCAUGAAGAUCUACAUUGACCCUUUCACCUAUGAAGACCCCAAUGAGGCAGUGCGGGAGUUUGCCAAGGAAAUCGACAUCUCUUGUGUCAAAAUUGAGCAGGUGAUUGGAGCAGGGGAGUUUGGUGAGGUCUGCAGUGGCCACCUGAAGCUGCCGGGCAAGAGGGAGAUCUUUGUGGCCAUCAAGACACUUAAGACAGGCUACACGGAGAAACAGCGCAGAGACUUCCUGAGCGAGGCAUCCAUCAUGGGCCAGUUUGAUCACCCCAACGUCAUCCACCUGGAGGGAGUUGUCACCAAGAGCACACCUGUGAUGAUCAUCACUGAGUUCAUGGAGAACGGCUCCUUAGACUCCUUCCUCCGGCAAAAUGAUGGGCAGUUCACGGUCAUCCAGCUGGUGGGCAUGCUACGAGGCAUCGCAGCUGGUAUGAAGUACCUGGCAGACAUGAACUACGUCCACCGUGACCUGGCCGCACGCAACAUCCUCGUCAACAGCAACCUGGUGUGCAAGGUGUCUGACUUCGGGCUCUCGCGCUUCCUGGAAGAUGACACCUCCGACCCCACCUACACCAGUGCACUGGGCGGGAAGAUCCCCAUCCGCUGGACAGCUCCAGAAGCCAUCCAGUACCGGAAGUUCACUUCGGCCAGUGACGUGUGGAGCUAUGGUAUCGUCAUGUGGGAGGUGAUGUCCUAUGGGGAGCGGCCCUACUGGGACAUGACCAACCAGGACGUGAUCAACGCCAUUGAGCAGGACUACCGGCUCCCGCCGCCCAUGGACUGCCCAAGCGCCUUGCACCAGCUCAUGCUAGACUGCUGGCAGAAGGACCGCAACCACCGGCCCAAGUUCGGCCAGAUCGUCAACACGCUGGACAAGAUGAUCCGAAACCCUAAUAGCCUCAAAGCCAUGGCACCCCUCUCCUCUGGCAUCAACCUGCCGCUGCUGGACCGCACGAUCCCAGACUACACCAGCUUUAACACGGUAGACGAGUGGCUGGAGGCCAUCAAGAUGGGACAGUACAAGGAGAGCUUUGCCAAUGCUGGCUUUACCUCCUUCGACGUUGUGUCUCAGAUGAUGAUGGAGGACAUUCUCCGGGUUGGGGUCACCCUGGCUGGUCACCAGAAAAAAAUCCUGAACAGUAUCCAGGUGAUGCGGGCACAGAUGAACCAGAUUCAAUCUGUGGAGGUUUGACAUUCACCUGCCUUGGCUCGCCUCUUCCUCUGGGCCGCCCCCCUCUGCCCCCCAUGCCGGCCAGCCCUCCUGGUGCUCCGUCCACUGCAGGGUCUGCUACCUGCCAGGAGGCCAUGGGCAGCAGGAAGAACCAAGCAGCGCUCCAGCCACAGGACGUCACCAAGAACACGUGCAACUCAAAAGAUGG